AUGCCCACAUCACCCAGACGACCUCAUCGCCGUUUCUCGUCGGUGUCGGUCGAUUCUUCUUGGAAUGCCCCACAAGUAACCCGUGGCCGACGAAGGAGGUCGUCCUCUGGACCAGGACAGCGCACGGCCGCAGCGGGUCCAUCGGACUCCAGUGAUCACGAUAUCCAUGGGAAGCGUGUAGUACUACAGGAAGUAGGGGUGCGACCUCUCAUAUACACAUCUCUACCACCUACGCCGAUUCUGCCUUCUCCGCCUUCGUCUCCUCCGCCAUGGGACAGAAACACAUUUCAGGGGUCACCAAGGCCGCAAGUGAACGAACCUCUGUUCUCGCUGUGGGAUUAUCUUCGAGAGGAACUUCUUGCAACUGAUUUUGACUCGCAUCAAGAACUCAAAUGGGAGAGGGUCAGUAAUUUCCUGAGCAUACCAUUCGCGAUUGAAAAAAUCGUUGGAUUCGGAUUUAUCCUAUGCUUGGACUCCUUCCUGUACACAUUUACCAUUCUCCCUAUUCGCUUCCUCUUAGCGGUAUUCCGCCUGCUUUCCAACACCCUCUCUCUCUCGAGAUCACAUCUUCCUCCUUCCCAGAAGGCCGACAUUUUGCGCACCCUGUUGCUCGCGGUCUCGGUCACCAUACUGCUGCCCCUCACCGAUGCCAGCAAGAUCUAUCACUCCAUUCGCGGCCAAGAUACUAUAAAGUUAUAUGUUAUAUUCAACUCUCUCGAAAUUGCAGACAGGCUUUGUGCAUCAAUUGGCCAGGACAUCCUUGACUGCAUGUUUUCUCGUUCUACCCUGGAAGUAAUUUCUCGGAAAGCAAUGGUGACCCCUCAUAUCCUUCGCCCAUUCAUUUACUUUACUCUGGCUACUUUAUAUGUAGCUUGCCAUACACUCGUCAUGCUGUAUCAGCUCCUUUCGCUGAACGUCGCCGUGAAUUCUUACGAUCACGCCCUUCUCACUCUUCUCAUGUCAAACCAAUUCGUCGAGAUCAAGGGCUGCGUCUUCAAGAAAUCACUUGUGCGGACUAUAGUGGAACGUUUCACGUUAUCUCUGAUGCUACUCGUCGUCGCGUUUCGGAAUUUGAUUGAACUCAGUGGGUCAGAAUUCGACUUCACGGGAGGAUUUGUUAUGCCCCAAAGCUUUGGUUGGUUUCGGGGCAAUAAUGUGAUAUGGACGAUAUCCUACUUUAUAGCGUCGGAGAUGCUCGUUGAUUGGUUGAAGCAUGCAUUCAUUACGAAAUUUAACCACAUCCGCCCUUCAGUGUACGAACGAUACACGGACGUUCUGUGUCGUGAUCUGGCAAGCGGAAGCAGACUAGCAGCACGCAAGCAUUGCUACGUAGACCAGUCGCCCUUAGUUGCGCGUCGUCUUGGUUUCGCCUCAAUUCCUCUGGCGGUUCUUGCAAUUCUCAUAGGUUUUCAAUCAUUGGGUUUUGUACCUUCUCAUCGAGCCCCUUCUGAACGAACCCUGGGCCUGGACCAAAUGCUAGCUGUGGAAGUAACUUAUUUGGUUAAGUACCUGGUGAUGGCUCUGGCGUUUUGGUUGUGCUUCCUUGCCCUCAAAGUACUCUUAGGAGUCAACCUUAUAUCCUACGCAAGCCGAAGAAGGGCGGGGAUGGAAGCUCGUGUCGCUGCGGAUGUAGUGAAUGACUUUGGACGUGACCCCAUCGGAGAAGGCAAGGAAGAACGCGAGUAUAAUAAACAGCUCAGGAAGAUGGUAGACGAUUGGAGGGACGACGCGGCACGGGUCGGUGAAAUGGGCGAGGGGUCAGGUACAAAUAAGAAACGCGUGGCAUUAGAAGACCUCACACGAUUUACAAUGGUGAAACGUAUUUGGUAA